ACGCGAUGACCAGGUGGGCUCUGCCGGUGCUUUUGGUCCUGAUGUUGGGUAGGGUCCUGGCUGCCCCAGUGACCCCUCUCCCAGCCUUCCAGCUGCUCCCGCAGAACCGUCCCCAGACCACUCCCAGUCCUGUGGCCUGGGAGAGCCCCCCAGCCACCACCACGGGCCCCCCAGCUGCCUGGGGCUACCGCAGCCCCAGCGCCCGCCACGGCCCACGCAUCACCCUCUCAUUGGAUGUCCCCAUCGGCCUCCUGCAAGUCUUACUGGAGCAGGCCCGGACCAGAGCUGCCAGCCAGCGGGCUGCCACCAACGCCCGUGUCCUGGCCCAGGUUGGCCGCCGCUGAGCCUGAGCUGGGGCUGGGGGGUGGGGGGGCAGCAAUGGAUGAAAAGACUUGGAGGAUGAUGACAGAGCUGGAUGAUGUCACAUCUGGGCAGAGUGCUUCUGGACACUGCUGU